AUGAUUGAAGCUCUAGUGAUUCGCUCGGCUCUCAAUCACGCUUUGGAGAACGGCUUCUCCCACCUCCACCUCAAAUCGGACGCUCAGGAUCUGAUCCGAGCUUUGAAUACGCAAGAGCAGCUCAAGGAGAUCUAUAGUCUUCUCUUCGACAUACAUGCUCUUGCCUUCAUGUUCUCCUCUAUUUCGUUCAGCUACAUUCCCAGAUCGGAAAACGCCAUAGCCGAUUCAAUUGCAAAAUCUGUUAAUUGUCGUUUAAUUUCCCCUUUAUCCCGGUGGAUUUAG